AUGGAUGAUCUACCAUCGAAAUUUCAUAUGGAAAAUAAUCAUAUUUUUCCCAAGUUUACUUUUGCGGAACUUGCGCAAGAGAAUAUUACUAGUUAUGAAUUAUAUCUUUGGUCAGCACCAAUUGACGUAGCAGAGCGUUAUCAACUCUAUCUAAAUCAAAUGUCAAUAUCAAAUAAUCAAUCUUUGGAAAGAGAAAUUUUCUAUAAUUGUACAUUGCCAAGAUUUGGUUCGUUAUGUCAAUAUGAAAUUAACUAUGUUCAUAAAAACUAUUCAUCUCUAUAUGAUAUGAUCAAUGAUUACUAUGAAGAGCGAUACUUCAGUCCUGAUGUAAAUUGUUAUACUCAUUUACAAUGUAAUCGUGGUCCAUCACCAGCUUGUUUGCAUUGGACAGAGAUUUGUGAUGGUCAAGUUGAUUGCAUCGAUGAUAAAGUGGAUGAAAAAGAUUGUUGGAAAAUUGAAAUUCAUGUAUGUCAAGAUGAUGAAUUUCAAUGUUCGAAUGGACAAUGUAUACCUAUGGCUUUUUAUCGUGAUGAUGAUACUACUAAUGAUUGUGCUGACAUGACAGAUGAACGUUCGCCACAACGAAUAGAAUCGUUGUACUUCAUUUAUAAACAGCCGUCAUUUAUAAAUGAAGAGAAUCAAUUUCGUCCACUACCCAUCGGAAAUCUUAAUUUCGACGAAGAUGAAAAUAUUGCUUUAGCUAGAAUGAAGCUUUUAUUUCAACACGUUUGUGAUGGAUUAACUCAUCUGAUUCCAAUAAAUAAUGACAAACAAAAUGAAACAGAUGAAACAGAAUGUGAACAAUGGCCAUGUAAUAACAUUCAUAAUCAUUGUGAUGGCAUUUGGGAUUGUCCGAAAGGUGAGGAUGAAAUCGGUUGUUAUUCGUUUACAACAUUGAAUUGUUCAUCACAUCAACAUUUAUGUGUGUUGCCUGAUACAAAUCAAUUUACAUGUAUACCACUUGAAAAAAUAAAUGAUAACAACAUCGAUUGUCUUGGUGCUACUGAUGAACGAAUACUGUGCCGAGAAUACGACUCCAUAUACCAAAAAGAUAAUUUCUUAUGUAAAAAGUCAAGUUCGCAAAGAUGCAUAAAUCUUGCUCAUUUAUGCAACGGUAAAUUCGACUGUGAAUAUGGUGAUGAUGAACAAUUUUAUGGAUUGACGGAACUCAAUACGGAUAAUCAAACAACUAGUAUUAGACCAUCACAAAUUAUUCGAUUUCCAUCGAAAUAUGAACUUAUGAUGAACAGAAAGAAUCCAUGUUCUCGAGGUAUU